AUGGCAGGUCAAUUCAGAGUGUUCGCGGCGCUGUCUAACAAAAGACACACGGCGGUAUGGACAUGCGGCAGGCAGCUCCGAUGCUACAACACCACCAAUACUGACAAUAAUGGCAAUAAUGGCAAUAAUGACAAUAAUGACAAUAAUGGCACGGCCACUACGUUCGCCGAACUUGGCAUAGACGCUCGUCUGAUCCAAAGCGCAUCCACACAUUACAAUAUCCACACGCCGACACCAAUGCAAACAAGCAUAAUCCAAUCGAUCCUCCAACCCAGCACCAGCGGAAGCAGCAACCUCCAUCACACGCUUCUUCGGCACGAAACAGGAUCGGGAAAAACCUUUGGUAUGCUCCUUGCGACACUCACCCUGGCUCUCCAAGCGCAAACCCAACCAUAUGCAAACGAAACCAGCCAGCGACAGCAACAGCAACAGCAACAGCAACAGCAGCAGCAGCAGCAGCACCAACAGCAGCAGCACCAACAGCAGCAGCACCAACAGCAGCAGCACCAACAGCAGCAGCACCAACAGCAGCGCACUUUGUUUCUCGUGCCCAACCGCGAACUUGCCCUGCAGAUCGAGCACUGGGCACACACGCUACUCUCUCCUUUCCCCACGCUUUCACACAAGAAGCUAAUCCAGAGUUUUGUCAGCGGCACGCCCUACGAGCAAGAUCAAAUUGGCAUUUUGCGCCGCCACGGCAUACCCAGAAUCACCCUGGGCACGCCCCGGCGACUCCUUGAGCUCCUCAGCCAGCCCUCUAGGGGGGAACACACGGGGCUGUUGUUUGGUGGAUUGGCUAGGGUGGUUGUUGAUGAGAUUGACGCGGUGUUGAAGUUGCCUGGGAAACACGCCUCGGAGAAGCAAAUCAAAUUAAGGCGGGAGAAACCUAGACCGGGCCAGAUGCUGGUCGAGAGGAUUGUCGGCGUAGCGCCCAAUGAGCAAAAGGACGCAGGUGAUGCUCGGGCUGGGGCUGAGGCUGGAAAAGAGGCUGAGGAGCGGGGCGCUCGGCAGACGCGGAUGCGGAAACAGAACGCCAGGGGAUGGCAGAAGAAAUCAGACGUGCACCUGCUCUCGCCCACCCGCCCCACUGCUGGCGGCGCCAAUGUUAAUUUUGGGCUCGGUGCCCGUGACCGCGUGGCCGAGUCGCCGCCCGCCGUCCAGCUCAUCAUGGCGUCAGCCACGGCCAACAAGGAGCUGCGGUCCUUCCUGCGCAUGCGCAACUGGACAUCGCCAGCGCACCCGCUGCACACCAUCGACAUCCAGCAAGGAAUCACGCUGCCGCCCUCCACAACACACCACUGCCUGGUAAUCGAGAACCAACACUCCAUCCGAAACCUCCACCCAACCAACCCCAGCGCCAGCGCCGACUCCGCAGCCGGCCCAGACAGCUUCAGGCGGCAGCAGAGAAGCCGGGACACGGAGGACGAGAACCCGUGGGAGUCGGAUGUUUCCAGACGGUCGGCGCAGGCGCAAACGCACGUGAUGGACCUGAUGGCCGAGGUGGCAGCCAACGUCAUCCGCGCAGUGCAGCCCUCAGGGCCGACGCUGAUAUUUGUGCGGUCCGACGCCAACUCGGCGCAGUUCGCCGAGAUCCUGCAUACGUUCGGGGUGCCGGCACAGCAGCCGGAGGACAUGGUGACGCACCACCAGCAGCAGCAGCAGCAGGCGCAAAAGAAGACGCCCGCUGCCGACGACGCCGCAAGGAAGGAGGCGGAGCCCAGGCUGGUGUACUUGGCGACGGAGGAAGCUGCGCGCGGCUUGGACAUCCCUGGCACGGCGCUGGUGCUGAUCCUGGACAUUCCCAAAUCAUCCGCUAGUUACGCCCACCUGGCCGGCCGCACGGGCAGAUUCGGACGGCCGGGCACUGUGGUGUCGGUCGUGCCCGUGGGCAGGCUUGGCUGGUACGAGAGCAAAAUGCGCGGCAUCUUCCACUCGCUCAGCAUCACGCCGGCCAAGGCCGACUUUGUAGAAUAG